UCGGUAUCGAACUGUGCAUGUUUGUGUCGCAGAGCAGUUUUGUUUGUAUGUCUAACGGCAGCCUUUGGAAGCCUUGGGGCAUUGGUGGUAGGCAACUUUUGGUGCACUUGACUGACUUGCUGUACGAUGGACAACGCAAUCGCAGAAGGUGUUGGUGAGCUCGAGUGCACGCCACCAAUGGCAGCAUUAAGCCCAAGCUCUGUUGCUGCCCUGGUUCAAGAAUUGAAAGGCACCUUUGGAAAUACAUGGCAAGCAUUAAAGACCAGUUCUCCUGGUGACGCUGGCCGUCUUGAGGUUGACCACUACCAGAUUACUCCUCUUGACAUUGAUGAUAUGGACGUAAUGGAUACAUCGCACAAAGUCGUCCCUUUCAAUCAGCUGGAGCAGUUUCCAGGACUGAUGGACCAUGUGGAGCUGGUGGAACAGCCACAACAGCAAGCAGAGCCACCAAAGUAUGCCAUACCAUCGGAAGCAUCAAGCUGCGGACAACUGCCUGCAACGAGUGUCUUCGAGGGCCAUUAUGGAUUUGAUGUGACUUGUUCUUCACAAACCAAGUCUACUAAAAGCGUCAGUUGGACGUAUGACGAGGGCCGCCGGAAACUCUUUGCGAACAUGGGUGUGGUAUGCCCGUUUCGCAUCUCUGUCACCAAGACUCCGCCUCCAGGCACAGUGGUGCGGGUGAUGGCAGUCUACUCGCAGCCAAAUGAUGCCAUGCAUGUGGUGAAGCGCUGCCUAGUACAUGUGGUUGAAAAUGACAAAGACAACCAUGACCAAAAUGCACCACCUGCUCAUCUUAUCAGGUGUGUGAACCCAAGCACGAAAUACCAUGAGGAUCAGACAACUGGCCGUCACAGCAUCACGGUCUUGUACGAGAGACCUGAAGCUGAAAUGGCCUACACGGUCUAUCAUCUACGCUUCAUGUGCCUGAGCUCGUGCAAUACAGGCAUGAACCGGCGUGCCGUCAAGCUUGUCUGGACCCUUGAGCACAAUGACAGCAUCAUUGGCAGGCAGGUCAUCGACCUCAAAGUGUGUGCCUGUCCUGGGAGGGAUCGCAAGAACGAGGAGAAGAUGGCUGCUAGAGAGAUGAACAACAGCCUGCUGGGACUGGUGACAGGAGGUGGAGCCCCCCAUCCUGUAGCCAAUCACACUUCCCACGUACCUGCUUCCACUGCACUGAAUCAGACACGAGCUCAGAAGAGAGGGUUUAUGUCUGUGGCCACUGUCAUCACUGGAGGCAUUGCGGGAGCCCCAGCAAAGAUCAGGAAGACGGAGCCAGAAUCUGAGGGCGAAUAUACAUUAACGUGCUCCAACAAGAAGAUCUACAAAAUUCUCAAAUUCCUUCGUGACUCAACUAUGUUGUACAGCACAAUGAACCCAUCUGCCUUGAGGGGCAGCGAUGGCAGUGGAGACAGCUGUUCACCACCCAUGUCCUCUGCUCAGACUAUCAUCAACAAGCUGGAUGCUCCAGCACAUCCUGGCUGCAGUUCCACGUCUCCUACCAGUGCAGCAGCCCAGCUUGCGGGCAUGAAGGUGGAAGACAGCACUGACAUUACAUCAGGGCCUGGUGCUCUUCAGUGCUGGCUUGAGAGCUUUGGUCUGCACAGUUGCUUUCCCAUUCUUCUGGAGAAGGGAAUCCGUGACAUGAAUGGCUUGAAACUCAUGAACUUCAAGACACUCAAACGACUGCGGCUCAGGGAGCAGCAGGAAACAGCCCUGAUCAAUGCCAUACGUGGUCUCAACUAUGAUGACGAGGAUGAGGAGCUGUUUCCAAGUCAGGAACUGCCUGCAGCCCAAUCACAGGGAACGCUGUCACAGGAAAGCACAGCCGAAAAUUUGAGCCAGCAGAGCUGCACCUCGACCAGCAGUGCAAGGCAGUAUCGUGUCACUCGCAUCCGCCUGAUUCAGCCCAUUCCAGACCACGACUACUCUUAGGCACCCAUCUUUUGUUACUGUUGUUACCGUAUUACUCUGAUGCCACUGUAUAGCCAAGUUUCACAAAGCUUCAGGAACAUCUUAUGCGAUUGUGUUUGCCAAAACUGUGCUUGGUAAAAAAAAAAAAGAGGCAGUUGAGUCUUGUCAUUUAGGAAAUCGUAAAGUUCGUGCAUAAGUGGAAUAUGGUGCCACUAAAUAA